UUCCUCCAAUUAUUUAUAUAUAGAAUCUGUAUUCUCACUCUAUAUUUCGUGCGAUCUUCUUCCCCAUCCUCCUAAGUUGAGCUAAUAAAUUCAUUCCCAAAAAUAGUAAGAAUUUCUCAUCCACUUCAACAUAUUCACACCAUGGAAGUAGCUGAAGACAUAGUGAUUGUGGGAGGUGGAGUGGCUGGACUCGCCACAUCCUUAGGACUUCACAGAUUGGGUAUAAGAAGCAUAGUAUUGGAAGCAUCGGAUGAUUUGAGGAGUGCAGGAUAUGCGUUGGCGACAUUUACGAAUGCUUGGAAGGCAUUAGAUGCCUUGGGAAUUGGUGACCUUUUGCGGCAACACCAUAAAAGGCUUCAUGGGAAUGUGACCAAGUCAGCAAUCUCGGGACUUCAAACUUCAGAAUUGCCAUUUCAGGCCAAAGGGAAACACAGCGGAGACCAUGAAGUUCGGUGUCUGAAAAGGAAGUUGCUCUUAGAAGCCCUUGCAAAGGAACUCCCAACUGGGACCAUUAGGUACUCCUCCAAGGUUGUCAACAUUGAGGAAUCAGGCUUCUUUAAGCUGCUGCAUCUUGCUGAUGGAACCAUCCUCAAAACAAAGGUGUUGGUUGGGAGUGAUGGAGUGAACUCAGUGGUGGCAAAUUGGUUGGGCUUCAAGAAACCAGCUUUUGCAGGGAGAUAUGCCAUCAGAGGCUCUGUAGAUUUCAAGCGUAGCCAUGGAUUUGAGCCCAAGUUCAUGCAGUUCUUUGGAAAAGGUAUUCGGUCGGGUGCCAUCCCCAUCGAUGAUACUACUAUUUAUUGGUUCAUCACUUGGACUCCAUCCACCCGAGAGGAAGAGCUAGAACAGGACCCAGCUAAAGUAAAGCAACUUCUCUUGAGUAAGCUUGGAAAAGUACCUGAUGAAGUAAGGGCUAUUAUAGAAAGCUCUGAACUGGAUGGUUUUAUAGCAUUGCCAUUGAGAUACAGGCAUCCAUGGGAGCUUCUUUGGGGAAAUAUCAGCAAAGGCAAUGUUUGUGUAGCCGGAGAUGCACUCCACCCCUUGACACCAGACAUUGGGCAAGGCGGCUGCUCCGCCUUGGAAGAUAGUGUUGUUUUAGCCAGGUGUCUUGGUGAAGCUUUACUGAAAAAACCAACUGGAGAAACAAAAGAGAAAGGUGAAAAAGAAAAAGAUGAAUAUGAGAGGAUUGUGAUGGGGUUGAAGAAGUAUGCCAGGGAGAGGGCAUGGAGAAGUAUUGAGCUCAUCAGUGUUUCUUAUAUAUCUGGAAUUAUACAGGAGAGUCAAGGAAAAAUGAUGACAUCCUUGAGAGACAAUGCCUUGGUUGGAUUCUUGGCAGGUUUCCUGUUGAAAAUGGCUGAUUUUGAUUGUGGGAAGCUUAUCAUUUCUUGAAUGCCAAGUUACAUGCAUACAUAUGUGUCUGUGUAAAGAUAUAUCAAGCUAGUUUUCUUUCCUCAUGAACAAUAAUAAAUCAGAUGGAGCGAUUGUGUUGUUUCUCUUCAGCAGGAAAAGUCAAUAAUUUUGUGAAUGCAAUAAUUAUUUCUUCGUUUCA